GCGCGCCCCGCCGGCCGCCGCCGCCGCCUGCCGCCCCUCGGUGCCGCCGCUGCCGCUGCUUCCCCGCCUGCUGUUGCUCCUCCAUCUCCUGUGCGGAACACGGUGAGGGAAAGAUGAGCGAGGAGACGGCGACUUCUGACAACGAUAAUAGUUAUGCACGAGUGCGAGCUGUGGUGAUGACCAGAGAUGACUCAAGUGGUGGAUGGCUACCACUCAGAGGGAGCGAGCGGACUGAGCUGCGCCACUGUCUUCAGAGUCCCUCAUCAGGAAGAGAAUGGCUGUGCAGACUUCUUUAUCCGUGGAGAGAGACUCAGGGACAAAAUGGUGGUUUUGGAGUGUAUGCUUAAAAAAGACCUCGUUUAUAACAAGGUCACUCCCACAUUUCACCACUGGAAGAUCGACGACAAGAAGUUCGGCCUUACCUUUCAGAGUCCUGCAGAUGCCGGGGCUUUCGAUGGAGGCAUUCGAAGAGCUAUAGAGGAUAUUUCUCAAGGGUGCCCAGCAUCAAAAAAUGAGGCUGAAGGAGAAGACGAUUUACAAACCACUGAAGAGGACACUUCUCGUUCCUUAGUAAAAGAUCACCUUUUCCAGCAAGAGACAGUGGUUACCAGUGAGCCUUACAGAAGCUCAGACAUAAGACCUUUACCCUUUGAAGAUCUGAAUGCCAGAAGAGUCUACUUGCAAAGCCAAGGCAGCCAGAUACCAUUCAGUCAGCAAGGCCUAGACAUUCAGAGCCGAAGUAUGGAAUAUGUACAGCGGCAAUUAUCUAAGGAGUGUGGGAGCCUAAAGUCCCAAAAUAGGGUCCCUUUGAAGUCAAUCAGACACGUCAGCUUUCAAGAUGAGGAUGAGAUUGUCAGAAUAAAUCCUCGAGAUAUCUUAAUACGUCGGUAUGCAGACUACAGACAUCCGGACAUGUGGAAAAAUGACUUGGAGAGAGAUGAUACUGACUCCAAUAUUCCAUUUUCUAAACAAGACAGUAAAAAAUCAGACUAUCUCUACCACUGUGGAGAUGAAACUAAGUUAAGUUCCCUGAAAGACUCUGUGGUAUUUAAGACACAGCCUCCCUCAUUAAAAUGUAAGUCAAAACGAAGAAAAGAGGAUGGGGAACGUUCUCGCUGCGUGUACUGCCAGGAAAGGUUUAAUCAUGAAGAAAAUGGCAGGGGGAAAUGCCAGGAUGCUCCAGAUCCUGUUAGAAGAUGCAUAUAUCAAGUUAGUUGCAUGCUCUGUGCAGAGAGCAUGCUGUAUCAUUGUAUGUCAGACUCGGAGGGAGACUUUUCUCACCCUUGUUCAUGUGACACUAGUGAUGACAAGUUCUGCCUAAGAUGGUUAGCCCUGGUAGCGCUGUCCUUUAUUGUACCAUGUAUGUGCUGCUACGUCCCUUUGAGAAUGUGCCAUCGCUGUGGUGAGGCAUGUGGGUGCUGUGGUGGGAAACAUAAGGCUGCUGGGUGAAGCAGUCCAGGGCCAGCAGGAGCUUAAAAUCUUCAUCUCCAGGAAUUAGCUAACUUGGAUUUGUGGAAGCUGUUGGCAGGCAGUAUGGAAUCUUGCCUGGUUCAUUGGGGCCAUGCGUGGAGGAAGCAGAACUCAUCAGUUCUUGUGACUUACAGAUGCUUGCCAUGCCUGAUGUUUUCCUGAGUGCGUGGCAUGUUCUGGGACACAUCAUAGAUCAUUGGCAGCAAAAUGUCAUUUCUAGUAUUGACUACAAAAGGUCAACAUAGAAUAUGAUCCAACUAAAAGGGAUUAAUUUUGGCAUUUUUAUAUUUAUGCACUAGGUGACGGGACUUUUUAAAGAUUUGAAUUUUUUAAGACAUUAACUAAAAAGUGCACUAAGGAACAGGUUUCAGUACAGAAAAGUUAAUACUUGGAAAUUAAAAAAGAUAGAACAAGUGCAACUAAAUCAUGUAUUAGUUGUUUUUUGAAAGCAGUUUUAUGUAUAAAUAACAAAUGUUUAUAUUUAACUAAAUGUAAGGUACGAACUAUGACAUAUUAAACUUUUCUUGCCCUUCCUAGUUCUGAGGUAGAUGUGCAUAUAUCUACCACCACAUUCCAUAUAUUUUGAGUAUUUAACUCAUCUAGUUAUUAACGUUUGUAUCCAUGUGAAAGAUUUGAUAUGUUCAUCCUCGUUUCUCUCUGGCUGCAGUUUAUAUUGAGUUACUAUCUGUACAUUCUGGAAAUCUAAACUCUUUAAAAUACUCUAAUAGCCUUGAGUGACCAAUUUUUUUUUAAGCACAGGUGUAAUUGUCUAAUGUUCUGAUGGAAACAUAACACUUAUUUUUAUAUAAAGAGACUGAGUAAGCAUAGAAGAAAGUGAGGGUUUCUCGUUGUUUGUUUUUGUGGUAUUCAACCAGCAAGUUGUUUUCUUUCAGAGUUUCCUCCUUCAGAAGAGCUUAGUUGCCUUUAUAAAGGUUUUACAAGGCAGGAGCAUUAGCUGAAUAGUUAAUGUGAAGCAGUUUCCUCUCGAGUCUCCAUUUAUCAUUCUGCGAAGCCAGAAUGUGCACAGCUGUUUCACUGAUUGUUUUUAAGCUUAAUCUUCUGUGCUUAUUAUUAUUACUCACAUAACAAUAACAUUUUUCAGUUGCAUUUUAUUUCAGCUAGUCAAGAGCAAAGUUAUUAAAAUGUAUGCGGAACUCUCCCAAGAAAGUAUUUAAUCCGCCAUUGUGAAUGGAAGAGCUUGUACAUCACAUCCUGUCACAGAGCAUUUGUGUUAUGGGAUGUUUGAUUUACAGAGUGGUAUGGUGUGUUCCAGCAAACUAUUUAAAAGUGCUUUGGGGUCAAAUUGUCUCUUUUUUUAAAAUGUUACAUUACGUUCUAACCAUAUGAGGGGUUCUUUGAUAUACUCCCUUGACAGUUGAGCAGUGUGCCUUUUUUUCCUUCUUUUGCUUAAAGUCUCUGAAGUGAUAGAAAAUCACACUACCAUUUGAAGUUCAUUCUGCAGGUUCUCAGUGUCAUUUCUGUACCGUUCAUUUUGUGUGUCACACUUAAGCUUGUGUUAGCUUUCUUCUUUUGCCCCAAAUCAAACUGAACAAUGUAUAUAUAACACUAUCUGUCUGUAAAAUACUUUUUUUAAGAAAGCAUUUAUAUUUAUAUGACAGCUUGAACUGACAACAUUAUGUAUAUAGAUCAUCUUGAAGUAUUAUUUCACAUUGAAAAGAAGAAAAAUAUAUUGAUAACUAUAGAUGUUAUGAAGAAGAGGUUAUUUCUAGUUUUGUACUAAAAAUCAAUUGGAUGAACUAAAUCCAAAACCAGACACUGUAGCAGCAAUUUUAAGUCUUAUUUUUACUGUUUCUAUAUUUGGAGGCUGCUACACAGAUGAUCUUCAUCCCUGACGUUUUCAGAUAAACUUGGUUUCCUAGAGCAGACUGUUAACUUUCAAAAUUCCUUUUUAUUGCUGAAAUAGAAAUACUGGUUUUCCUUAUGAAUGAAUAUUCAUAUUUGUAAGUGUGGAGUUUGUAAUUCAGGUUGGAACAAGGUGUGAAUAACUGAAGACUAUAACUUGCUGGCUAUAUAGGAAAUGCCGUGGAAAUGAACUGUGUAUAUAAGAACAAAAUUAAUCAUUUUUCUGUUAAGCACUAGUCACUAUAGUGCAUCUCCUGGUUCUCUACUGUAUUUUAUACGCAACAUACCUGCUUUAAUAUUUUAAUGUUUGUGCAUUAAUAUUUUCAGUUUGUUUAACCACUUUGCUGCUAAGAGUUUGCCAUCCUGUUCCCGUUUUUUUCCUUUACAGUUUUAAACAUUUCUCUUCAUUAAAAACUAUGGUAAUGAAAUUGGUUUUUUUUUUACUUUGGAUUUUUGUAAUUAGCAUAUACGAAUUCAUAUCAGUGCAGAAAAGUAGCUGAUGAUGUAAUAAUAUUGAGUCCCUCUGUGAUCAGAUGAACAGUUUAAUCCUAUUCCCAAGCAUGUGCAGGUGGAUUCAGGAAUGAUUUUUCAUUUGCUGCGCAGAUUCGGCACCGCCAUUGAGCGUUUCCUUUUAAAACUCCUCUUUUGUCUAAAGUUUAAGCCGAUGGCUCAACAAAACUAUUAGAGUAAAGUAAAUACUGAAAAUCACCAAAAUGCAUGACCGGAAAGAAUUCUGCCUGGUGGGCUUCUUUGGUUUUCAAGUGAUUCUUGUGGCUUAAAGGGGCCUCAGAGCCUUUGAUUUGCUGAUCAGGAGUACUUUGGAGUUCCAGUGCCACCUGCUGGAUGAUUUUAGACCAGUGUCAAGAGAUGGAGGUGGCCUCUGCCCAGUAAAUGGCUGUUCAGAGGGUGGCCCACUGCCCACCAGAGAAACCAGGGGUAAGGAACAGCUCAAUGGAAUGUAAAUAAAUCUUUACUCUAAUGCAUUAUUUGGUUGCUGAAAGAUUUUAAGCACUUUUUUCUUACAUAUCCUGUUUUAAAAUAUUUAUUGAAGCUUGGAACUGGCAGUCUGACGUACGUAUAUACUGAAGCAUUUAUACAACCAGUUCCUUUAACUCAGAAGCCAUUACCAAAAUGGUAUUCCUAUUUUCUUCCCAGUGCCAGUCAGGGAGAAUUUUUUUAAAAAAAAAAAAAAAAACAUAAUUGCCUGUAUUUUAUCAUGACAACUC